AUGGAGGCAAUUCAAUCGUGGGUUUCAAAGCACAAGCUAGCCACAGUUGGGGGACUGUGGGUCUCCGGAAUUGGAGCAUCACUUCUAGCUUAUUCACGUUCAACGUCUCCAUUGAAGCCAAGUCUUAGGCUUAUCCAUGCCAGAAUGCAUGCCCAGGCAUUGACACUGGCAGUGUUGUCUGGUGCUGCGGCUUAUCGCUACUAUGAGAAUGGUGGUGAUGAGCCAAUACCAGUGGUGGAGAGUUCUACUCCGAAUAUGGCCCAGCUUGUUGAAUGGGAGCUCCUCAGUCCUUUCUGA